CGGCAUGAAAUUGGAGGUGUUCGCCCCACGCGCGGCCCACGGGGACAAGAUGGGCAGUGAUCUGGAGGGGGCCGGCAGGAGCGACGCGCCAUCUCCGCUGUCCGCGGCCGGCGACGACUCCUUAGGCUCAGACGGGGAUUGCGCGGCCAACAGCCCGGCGGCGGGCGGUGGCGCCCGGGAUCUGGAAGGUGGCGGAGGCGAGAGGAACUCGAGUGGCAGGCCGAGCGCCCAGGACGGUCCCGAGGCAGCCGAUGGCACAGCUCAGGCCUCAGCGACAGGGUCGUGCGCGGGCAGCGUGGGCGGCGGCGAGGGCACGCGCAGCAAGCCGUACACGCGGCGACCUAAGCCCCCGUACUCCUACAUCGCUCUCAUCGCCAUGGCCAUCCGCGACUCGGCGGGCGGACGCCUGACGCUGGCUGAGAUCAACGAGUACCUCAUGGGCAAGUUUCCCUUUUUCCGCGGCAGCUACACCGGCUGGCGCAACUCUGUGCGCCACAACCUCUCCCUCAAUGACUGCUUCGUCAAGGUGCUGCGCGACCCUUCGCGGCCCUGGGGCAAGGACAACUACUGGAUGCUCAACCCCAACAGCGAAUAUACCUUCGCUGACGGGGUCUUCCGCCGCCGCCGCAAGCGCCUCAGCCACCGGACGACGGUCCCCGCGUCUGGGCUGCCGCCAGAGGAAGCCUCACCCGGCUCCGCGGGGACCCCUCAGCCUGCGCUUGCGGGCCGGUCUUCCCCGAUCGUGCGCUCGCCUCCUCGGCGGGAGGAGCGCUCCAGCCCGGCGAGCAAGUUCUCUAGCUCCUUUGCCAUCGACAGCAUCCUCAGCAAGCCGUUUCGCAGCCGCCGCGACGGCGACACGGCUCUAGAGGUGCAGCUGCCCUGGGGCGCGGCUCUCUGCCCGCCGCUGCGCGCCUACCCCGCGCUCCUUCCCGCGGCUCCCAGCGGCGCUCUGCUGCCGCUCUGUGCUUACGGCACGGGCGAGCCCACGCUGCUGGCGUCGCGCGGGGCCGAGGUACAGCCGGUAGCGCCCUUGCUGCUGGCGCCCCUCUCCACUGCCGCCCCAGCCAAGCCAUUCCGAGGUCCGGAGACGGGUGGCGCGGCGCACCUGUACUGCCCCCUACGGCUGCCCUCGGCCCUGCAGGCGGCUUCGGGCUGCGGUCCUGGCCAGCACCUGUCCUAUCCGGUGGAGACUCUGCUAGCUUGAAGGGAGCUCAGAGCUCAGCAGAGGGCCUGGAGUGGGGUUGGGGUCGCCAUUUGUUGAGCAGGCUCCAGGGCUGUGCACUUUCCACUUUCCUGAGGAAUAGAGAUUUUUUUUUUACUCUCCAUCAGACGUGCCUUAAAGUUAAGCAUUUUGACCUAAAUGUUUUAACUUAGUCCAGAAUAGUUUCCUUUGUCUUUUGUAAUUUUACAGAGGAUCAAAGACGUUCUUUGCUAUUUCUUGGCCAGGCCUGUACUCUCCUGCAUAGAGGCUUUCUUCUCCCUCCUACUAUUACUAUUUUUGUUGCACCUUCCGCUGAUUUAUCUUUCCCACCCACAAAAAAGAAAAAGUACAUCAGGGAACCACUCCAUGGCAUAAAUGAUGACUACUGUUUGGGGUUUUGAGACCCCGCUGGGUGUACGAGUGUGGCGGUCACAGGCGUGACUGAGUGUGAGAGAGUUGUCAAUCUUUGGUCAUUUUCUCUGCUAUCAACCAAUGCUUCACUGUGCCAAAAA